UCAAGACGUUCUCUCGGUGGUGGGUAAACUGUUGCUGUUGUUUCUUCCAUUUUCGGUGCUUGGAGUCAUGCUGAAAUGGACGAGCGACGCGUUAGGAUUCGUCCGUCUCAUGAACGCUGGCAAACAUACCGGUUUGACAACAAGACCUUAUCGAGAACGUCAAUUAGCUGUCAGAUAUUUCGACGAGAAAGAAUUUACGUUCAAUCCGGUCUUGAUUACUGACAGGAAGAGAGUUUCCGUAUAUUUGCUCGAGAGGUUGCAGUCUGUUUCAACACGCCAUUGGAACUAUAUAUGUCUAAAGCUUGAUCAAACUUCAUCGUCCACGUCGUAUACAAGUAGCAGUGCUACAGUAAUAGAGUCCAUG